AUGCCACGCUGACGUACAGGUGUUUUGAAAUACACCUGCAAACGCCGGCGCCACCUCAUGUAAAGUUCUCAGAUCGCCUGUGACCGCACGUCGAGGUGAGGUAGAGAGACACCCUGGCUGGAUCAUCCAAUUAAGUGUAUAAAACGUAGAAGAGGCUCCAGCAUGUCGUCGACCGCGCCCAUCAUAACAGGCUUGCUCAUGGCCUCGGCUGUCGUCUACCUCGGCGUCAGGAACCGAAGUCUCCGUCAGGUGGCUCUUGACAACUCUCUCGAGGCGGAGAAGAUGCUGAGUGACAGGAGUUACCACUUAUCUAACUGCCAGAAAUCAAUCGAUCCCAUGAAGAACGACCUUGAGAGUCUGGAAAGACAGCUCAGAGAGCAAAAUGGUCUUCUGACCGAGAAGAAAGGAAAACUCGAUUCACUAAAAUCUAUCCAAGAUACCGUCAACGCCAAACGAACGGAAAUUGCCGACCUGCAGAAGAAACUCGACGAGGCCAGCGUUACGCUCGUCAGCCUUCGCGAAGAAGAGAAGAAGAAGAAGGAAGAGGAGAAGAAGAAAGCGGAAGAAGAGGAAGAGAAGAAGAAGAAGGCGGAAGAGGAAGAGGCGAAGAAGAAGGCGGAAGAGGAAGAGGCGAAGAAGAAGGCGGAAGAGGAAGAGGCGAAGAAGAAGGCGGAGGAAGAGGCGAAGAAAGCAGAGGAAGAGAAGAAGAAAAAUGAAGAGAAUAAGACGAAAGAAAAGAAGGCGUAA